GAUGCUUUCAAUUUUAACCUGAAGCGGAGAAACCUAAGCCCCGGAUAGACUACCCUCCCUUUUUAUUCUUUCUUCUUCCUCCUCCUCCUCCUCCUCCUCCUCCUCAACUCUUCUCUUCUCUUCUCAUAAACAUAAAACACACAGCUCUAUCCUUUUAUCUGCUCUUCUCUAAGUUCUCUUUGUUGGGAUAUCUUUCCGUUCUGGUUUGUUCAUUCACUUCUUGAAUCUUUUUUCGUGGGAAAUAAUCAAGUAUAAGCUAAAAUGGCAUCAUGCAUAGCUCAUAGUAUUGGAGCUACAGCAAAAUUUCCGGGCAGCCAUCAUUACCAGUCAUCUAAACUGUUCACGGCCGACCAAAGCCGUUCUAUUUACCUGGGGGGAACAAUUAAGUGGGAUUGCUUAAAACUUGAGUUUCGUGGCAAUUCUAGCCGCAGGGUUUAUAGUCUUCGGUCGACAUUGACCGCAGUAGCCUGUAGCUUGUCUUCUGUCAAUGGUACCUCUUCUUCUGGGGAAAGGGUGGUUGUGUUGGUGAUUGGAGGAGGGGGAAGAGAACAUGCUCUUUGUUAUGCAUUGAAACGAUCUCCCACUUGUGACGGUGUAUUCUGUGCCCCAGGCAAUGCGGGGAUUUCCAACUCUGGAGAUGCAACUUGCAUUUCUGACCUUGAUAUCUUAGAUAGCUCAGCAGUUAUCUCCUUUUGUCGUGAGUGGGGUGUUGGACUAGUUGUUGUGGGACCAGAGGCACCUCUUGUUGCAGGACUCUCUAACGAUCUCGUGAAGGCCGGAAUUCCAACUUUUGGCCCUUCAUCAGAAGCUGCUGCUUUAGAAGGCUCCAAGAAUUUUAUGAAGGGCAUUUGUGACAAAUAUGGAAUUCCUACUGCCAAGUAUAGAACAUUUGCCGAUUCUACCGCUGCAAAAAGCUACAUUAAAGAGCAAGGUGCUCCCAUCGUUAUUAAAGCUGAUGGACUUGCAGCUGGAAAAGGAGUUAUUGUUGCCUUGACUCUCGAGGAGGCAUAUGAUGCUGUAGACUCGAUGCUUGUCAAAGGUGAUUUUGGGCCUGCUGGUUGCCAUGUUGUUAUCGAGGAAUAUUUGGAAGGAGAAGAAGCUUCAUUCUUUGCACUAGUAGAUGGGGAGAAUGCGAUUCCUCUAGAAUCUGCACAGGACCAUAAACGGGUUGGGGAUGGUGAUACAGGGCCCAAUACUGGUGGAAUGGGGGCAUACUCUCCUGCACCAGUUUUGACAAAAGAACUCCAGUCUUUGGUUAUGAAAUCCAUCAUUCUACCUACUGUGAAAGGAAUGGCCAAUGAAGGAUGCAAAUUUGUUGGAGUUUUAUAUGCUGGACUCAUGAUUGAGAGGAAGUCCGGAUUGCCGAAAUUAAUUGAGUACAAUGUGCGCUUUGGAGAUCCAGAGUGCCAGGUGCUGAUGGUUCGCUUGGAAUCCGAUCUGGCACAAGUUCUACUCGCAGCUUGCAAGGGAGAACUGAGAGGCAUUUCGCUAGACUGGUCCCCUGGUUCAGCCAUGGUUGUAGUUAUGGCAAGUAAGGGCUAUCCCGGGAGCUACGAGAAGGGGACACUGAUUCAAAACCUAGAAGAAGCAGAGCAAGUUUCUCCAUUUGUUAAGGUUUUUCAUGCUGGAACUGCUAUUGACACGAAUGGGAAUUUCAUUGCAGCAGGGGGGCGUGUUCUUGGGGUUACUGCCAAGGGAAGGGAUCUUGAGGAGGCACGGGAUAGAGCAUACCAGGCUGUAGAUCAAAUUAAUUGGCCGGGAGGUUUCUCUCGGAAAGAUAUAGGAUGGAGAGCACUGCCUCUGAAACAAUAUUCUACUAAAGGUUGAAGUAAAAUUUUCAACUGGAGACGGUGUAUGUAUGACUAUGACACUCUUCACUUGAGAGUUGGUAAGUCAAUGCCUUUCCCAUCAAUAAAAGAUUCCAAGCUAAUUUGUCAGCCCUGAAAUAUCGGGGGUAGAGAGCAGGCAUGGGAAGUAGCACUUUUGAUUGAGAAAUGAAAGAUUAGAAUAGUUAAGUUAGAGGGACAAAAAUUGCAAGGUUGUAGGUAUCAUUUUUUGUCGAGUAAAAAAAGUAUUUCUGUUAGUAUGA